UGCGAACACAACUGGAAAUCGUCGCAGACCUCUUCAGAUCUUGUGCCUCAAGACAUGGGAUUACCGCAAAGAAUGGAGAAUCUACACGCACCUACGGUUCCGUCAGGACCGACUUCAGGGCCUGUGGUCACGAAUGGAAUGCAGACAAGUGGUUUGACCUUUCCACAGCUUCAAGCCAAGAAGGACAAUAUCGAAGCCGAGCUCAGAGCUUUGGGCAGUGUGCUGGAAUCGCAUGGCGUCGAUAUGAAUACAAGACUCAUCACCCCGGAUGGAUUCCCUCGAGCAGACCUCGAUGUCGCGCAGAUUCGAACAACGAGGUCCCGGAUCAUAUACCUAAGAAAUGACCACAAAGCCCUCAUGACCGUUAUCGAAAAACACCUUCACGAACAUUUUGCGAGGUUGGCAAAGGAGGGAGCGCAGGACGAGCCCAUCGCAACCGGCGGCCCAGCAAGUACCGACAUAGCAUCAUCGUCAUCACAAGCUCCUCAACCCUCAGGACCCCCGUUUGCGAAGGUUAACAGCGUGGUAACAGGAAGUCCUGCCGAAUCUGCUGGCUUGAAGGCUGGAGAUGAGAUCCGGAAUUUUGGAUAUGUUAAUCACACAAAUCACGAUGGUCUGAAGAGGGUGGGAGAGUGUGUGCAGGGUAAUGAAGGGCGGAACGUUCUUGUGAAGGUUUCUCGACCUACGAGUGGUGGUCAACGGAGACAGGAGUUACAACUGACUCUUACGCCACGUCGAGAUUGGGGUGGCAGGGGUCUCCUUGGUUGCCAUAUUCUGCCACUUUGAAGGAUCGAUGAGUUGUGGCAUUGAUAGCGCCUUGUGAGAUCUUUGGGUAUUUCUAGAGCGAUGGUGUGUUGCAUGGAAGGCGUUCGGGUCCAAGAAAAUGCUCUGGUUGAGCAAUAGAUACAGGUAGAGGGAACAAUAAGCCCGCAUUCUGCCAAUAUUUUUGAUGGUCCCAAACAGUGAACAGGCCUCAUGGUGGACAGAAACAGCGGAACUGAUUGUCCCAAGUCAAGUUGGAAUAUUUUAGAUACUUGUCCACAAAUGUGUCCUUGAGCUCAAG